GUCCAAUUCAUGUGCUACAUUGCAUUUAUUGAAAUGGGAAUUCAAUAUCAAAUCGUAUUAGAUUGUGCUCUGAUUAAUAUUAAUUAACGCUGUCACACUAUUGUAGACACAUUGUGAGUUAUUGGCGAUAUCUUUGCGUGCAAAGUUGGAUGUUAAAAAUUUAGUGCCUGAUGAGACCUUCCAAUUUUUUGUAGCAAAGAUCGAGUAGGAUUAAUUAUAAUAUAAUGUAGACUGUAGUGCUCUGCGAGAAAUCCGUUGUUGCUUUACCGUCAUGGAAAACAAUAAAAUCUUGGAAAAUAUGGAAUGUCAUAAAAAAUGCUGUUGUGCUGAAGAAAAUGUUUCUAAGACACAUAGUGUUGUAGGAAGAUUUUUCACAUUCUGUGCUUUACAUUUGUUUGGAUUUGACAGACAUAACACUACAAGCUGUAUGAAACGGAAACAAAAGAAAGAAGUGUCCCGAGAUGCUUGGCUACAGUCGUUCGGUUUACUCAGAUCUAAAGAUGUUCCAUCAAAUCUGCAAGAAGUUCAUCUCAUUGUGGGAUACAGACCGAAUCCAUCUUCAUUUUCUUAUUGCUUGAAAAGCAUUUUCUAUCCAACCAAUGAAAUGAUGAAUUUCUGGACGCAUUUUGUUGCUUUUGUCAUUCUUGUCUAUCGCUUUUAUACAAUAUUUGCUUAUAAACUUCAGGGGCCACUGAAUGAUCCACUGUAUUAUCCUGUAUGGGUGUAUUGUUUUGGGUUUUCUGGAAUGCCAUUUGGUAGCUGCCUUGCCCAUCUUUUUAACUGUUAUUCUCGAAAUGUACGAGAAGCUUGCUGGUUUUGUGAUUAUGUUAGCAUAACAUUGAGCACAUUUGCUAGCGCUAUUGUAUAUCAUCAUUUUAUUUGCCCAUACACUUGUAUCGGAGUAUCCUAUGAUUAUUACAUUGAAGCCUUGGGAGUGGUAAGCAUUUUAGGUCAUGCAGCAUGUUGUUAUUCUCGAAGAAUGACUUCAGGUAUCCGGUAUCUCUUCAGAAGCUUAGUUUUUGUUUUUCUGUAUGUCGCAAGCACUCUGCCGUGUGCGUAUUUAUAUAUCUUCAGGGCUGCGGAAUCCCUUACUUUGAUGAGUACAUAUGAUGUACAUGAUGAUAAGAGAUGUGUGUUGGAUUCAACUAAUUUCAUUCCAUUGUUAUCAUUAGUCACUAUAUUUUGUUUCCUCACAAUGUACUUCAAUGUUUCCAAAGUUCCAGAAAAAUAUUUUCCAGGAACCUUUGACAUCAUUGGCCAUUCACACAACUGGAUGCAUAUCUGCAUUGGACUUGCAUUUUAUUUUCAAACAUACCUUUUGGAAGGUCCAUUGUUGGAAGCAGAUGCUAGAAGAGCGACAAACACACUAACACCUGAGGAUCUUCACAUAACUUGGUGGAAUACCAUCGGGAUUAUGACAACUACUGCAGUGUGCUGUUUCGCUACAUCAUCUAUCAUGACAUACAAUCUACCAUGUAGCAGUAAAAAAGAAACUACAGUGAAUGGAAAUUGCCGCUAAAACAAAAUUUUUUACUAUUUUUGUUUAACAAAAGCAUUUUAAAAGCGUACUAUUCGGUUCUAAUUAUUAUAUCAUGAUUUUGCUGUAAUGCUGCUUGUUUUGCCUUGCAUUGACACCAAAAAAUUAAUUUAUUCGUAGAUAACUUUUUUACUUUGUGACUUGAAAAUAUUACCGUACUCGACGCUUAAAAAAUUACUAAAUAUACAAAGCUUAUCUAUAAAACAAAUUCGGAUUAAUUUUACACAUCAUUGAAUUUUAUAUUCUUGAAAUAAUGAUAUGAUGUCUAUUAAUUUGGAACCUUGAAAAAAGAUUCCAGUAAAAGUGGUUUUGCCUAUCAGGUAUCACUGUCUUACCUCUCAGGAUAGGAUAAAUUCGAAAUCCUACUUUUCGCAUAUGUCUCGAGUAGUCUGAUGUAUUUGUGUAUUAUGCAGUGAUUGUAAUAUUUAUUUUUAUUUGUUAUUAUUAUCAUAGAAUUUAGUAAUAUCAAUAUUUAUAUCAAAAUGUGCUGUGACAUUCUAAUGCUUAAUGCUGAAGUUUGAAAAAAAACUGUGAUUAAUAAUUAUUUUAUUUGCUCCUAUUAGUGAAGUCUUUUGAAUGAGGUGCAUGAUUUGUCACAUAUCUAUACUGAGUAAAAAUUUAUUGGUUUUGAGCUAGACAUAGUCAUAAUACAUUAAAAUUAAGACGCACAGCACACACAUGGUGAUUGGAUUGUUAUGUUCUAUUGUCUGACAUUGCUUAAAUAUUUAACAUAAAAUUUUUUCUUAUUAGACUGACAUGAUUGGUUUCAACAUCUAUGCUUGUGGAGCAACUUGUAGUUGAAUUGAAUGAAUUAGCUGGGUAUUUAUGCUGUAAUUGUUUUAUUAAUCAUUUGUUACAUUCAAAUAAAGUCUAUGCGUUGUUCAA